CGCUAUCCCGACCUCCGUCGUCGCCGUCACCACUCCGACCGAAUUCGCCCACGACGCCGCGUUCUGUUUCCAGUCCUGCCACCGUGUCCGGCAGACGAACCUCGGCACAACAUGCGCAAGGUGCCCCGUUGACGCCAACACCGCCUCCAGGAGGCCCCCCGCAGAAGACGAGGGCAAGAGAUCUCUUGAGGAAGCACUAUGGCUUGGGCGUAGGACCGCCAGCACCGUCAGGCGGGAAAGGCGUGGCAGACCCGAUGGACUUGGAUUCGACCGCAUUUGACGCAAAGGCGUACUAUGAACAGCUCAUUACCACGGCAUCCCUUCCUGCGUUGCUUCGUAAAGAGAACGAGCUGCUUACAGAGAUUCGGGAGUUAGACAGUGAAAGACAGUCGUUGGUGUACAACCACCACCACGAGCUCAUUGCGGCGAGCGAUACGAUAGCAGCGAUGAAAGCUCGCGCCGAGAAUCUCGAUGCCGAGAUGGAUCUUCUGAAGGCUGCUUUCUCUGAGAUCUCACGUCUAUCCGCCGAGGUUGCGAUCGAGCAUGCCAGGGCUGGCGAUGCUGCGUCGACGCCACCUUGAAUUGUGAUCUCGUUCUCCAGUGGCGUUUCGAUGCCAAGCUUCGGUUACAAGUUUAGAAGAUAUGUGGAGUGUGGACAACUGUAACAGAAAAU